UCCGGCCCUCGAGCGCCGCAGGAAGAGCCUGCCUGGCGGAAGGCGCCGGCGGCCUCCGCGCUAGCGCCUGGAACGCGCCGGGGCACCGGGCUCGCUCCCCAAGCCCCGGGGCGGGCCAAGUUCAGGGCCGGGAAGUUGGGAGGACCUGGUGAGUGGGGGCCGGGGGACGCCAGCGUCCGUCAGUUCUCGGGCUUGUCCCCGGAACGGGACCGAGGUCUGACUGAAGGAGGCCCCGCAGGAGCGGAGAGGGCGCUCCGGGGCUGGGGUCCCGGCUUGGGAAGCUGUCCCUUUCCGAGCCCUCCGUGUCCCCCCGACAGCCCCGGUGCCCGACAGAGGGACUUGGCCCGGGCCGCCCCGGGUCCCGGCCACGGGCCCCUUUGGAGCCGGGAAGUGGAGCUCUGCGUUCCGCUUUCGGAAUCCCGGGCCUCCAGCUGGCAGUGCUUUUUAACGUACUAAGCAACACAGAGAUAAAAAGGAAGGUCUGUCAACAUUCCUUCAACUUCCAUACUUUCUAAAAGCUAAAUAAGACUUCUCCAUUAUUGCUUACAGUGAGAAGUUGACUAUCUGGUGUUCUCUUGCUGUUUAAGAAACAUUUUCUUGUCACAGAGAGAGAACUGGCUAGAGAAUACCAUAGGAAUCAGAGUUUUAAAAAGGGAUCUCACAGCUCAUAGGCAGUUCUUCAAAAGAAGAAACUGAGCUAAAUGUCCAUCAACAGAGGAAUGGAUAAAGAAGAUGUGGCACAUAUAUACAAUGGAAUGUUACACAGCCAUAAAAAGGAACGAAGUUGGGUCAUUUGUAGAGACGUGGAUGGACCUAGAGAGUGUCAUACAGAAUGAAGUGCAUGGCUGCUUCCUAAUCCUGGAGCCCAGAGGAAACAUCCCUAGAACUGUGGGAGUGUGAGCCAGGCAAGCCAAGGGCAGCCUUGAGCCCCACCCUUGCCCGCCUCCCCCGUGGGGGCCAGGAUGCUGAAGAAGCAGUCUGCAGGGCUUGUGCUGUGGGGCGCCAUCCUCUUUGUGGCCUGGAACGCCCUGUUGCUCCUCUUCUUUUGGACGCGCCCGGCACCUAGCAGGCUGCCCUCAGACAGUGCUCUCGAUGACGACCCCGCCAGCCUCACCCGUGAGGUGAUCCGCCUGGCCCAGGACGCUGAGGUCGAGUUGGAGCGGCAGCGGGGGCUGUUGCAGCAGAUCAGGGAGCAUCAUGCUAGGUGGAGCCAGCGGUGGAGGGUGCCCACCGUGGCCCCACCUGUCCUUCCGCGCGUGCCUGUGACCUCUCCGCCAGCUGUGAUCCCCAUCCUGGUCAUCGCCUGUGACCGUAGCACUGUCCGGCGCUGCCUGGACAAGCUGCUGCAUUAUCGGCCUUCGGCAGAGCACUUCCCCGUCAUCGUCAGCCAGGACUGCGGGCAUGAGGAGACAGCCCAGGUCAUCGCCUCCUACGGCAGCGCCAUCACGCACAUCCGGCAGCCUGACCUGAGCAACAUCGCAGUGCCACCCGACCACCGAAAGUUCCAGGGCUACUACAAGAUUGCUCGGCACUACCGCUGGGCGCUGGGCCAGGUCUUUCACAAGUUUAAGUUCCCAGCGGCUGUGGUGGUGGAGGAUGAUCUGGAGGUGGCUCCAGACUUCUUCGAGUACUUCCAGGCCACGUACCCGCUGCUGAGGGCCGACCCCUCCCUCUGGUGUGUGUCUGCCUGGAAUGACAACGGCAAGGAGCAGAUGGUGGACUCAGGCAAGCCUGAGCUGCUCUACCGCACAGACUUUUUCCCUGGCCUGGGCUGGCUGCUGUUGGCCGAGCUCUGGGCUGAGCUGGAGCCCAAGUGGCCCAAGGCCUUCUGGGACGACUGGAUGCGCCGGCCAGAGCAGCGGCAGGGCCGGGCCUGUGUGCGGCCUGAAAUCUCCAGAACGAUGACCUUUGGCCGCAAAGGUGUGAGCCAUGGGCAGUUCUUUGACCAGCACCUCAAGUUUAUCAAGCUGAACCAGCACUUCGUGCCCUUCACCCAGCUGGACCUGUCCUACCUGCGACAGGAGGCCUACGACAGGGAUUUCCUUGCACGUGUCUACGGUGCUCCCCUGCUGCAGGUGGAGAAAGUGAGGACCAGUGAGCGGAGUGAGCUGGGGGAGGUGCGGGUGCAGUACACGAGCAGGGACAGCUUCAAAGCCUUCGCCAAGGCCCUGGGAGUCAUGGAUGACCUCAAGUCUGGUGUCCCCAGGGCCGGUUACCAGGGCAUCGUCAGCUUCCUGUUCCGGGGCCGCCGUGUCCACCUGGCCCCACCCCAGACCUGGGACGGCUAUGAUCCUAGCUGGAAUUAGCAGCACCUGCCUGUCCCUCCUGGGGCCCCUCCUGGCCAUAUCAUGGCCUAAGAUGGGACCGCAGUCCCUGGGCUGCAUCAUCCUCUCUGUGUUUCUCUCUUGGGUCCAUUUAUCUUUUUUUUUUUUUUCUUCUUCUUCUUUUUUUGAGUGGCAUUCAAGUGCACAGAUGAUAAGGUGAGGGUUAUUCUCCCGUUCUCAAGGGGGUCAAAUCAGGGGAAUCUUUCUGGGGUAUGUUGGGCGAGUUAUUAAGCAGGAAACCACUGUGUGGUAGGGAGAGACUUGGGCUUGUUGGGGGCCACAAAAUCCACGUUCCAGGUUUUCUCCUAGGACAUCUGUGGAGAGGUUGGCAACUUUAGUUCUCUUGAUCAGGCCUCUUUUCCCUGUCCUGGCUAUCCUAACCAGAGUAUGAGCCCUCCUCCUGUACCUGUCCCCCACCAUCUCCACCUUCCCCCAACUGGAGCACGGUGGGAGGCUGGAUUAUGUGAGAAGGAGAUGUAUUUGUGGCCAAAAUGAGACUAACCAAAGGGGUUUCAUCGUCAUCAGGGUCUGGGCAGAGCUGUUAGGUUGUCAGGGUUUACUCCCUCCUGCCUGUAUUUCUCUUCUUCCCCCUCUCCUUUAUCCCUGACUGCCUCUCAGCUCUUCUUUCCCUGCAGCCUAGCAGGUUGUGAUCCUAAGAUGAAACGGUGAAGGGGAAAAGCAGAACCUCUCCUCAGCUCACCCGCUGGGGUGGGGGGAAAAGCCUUGGGUGCUGGGGCGCCCCUCUCUCAUCCUUCCUCCAAGAAACAGACUGCCCCCUAUCCCGUCCUUUCUGAAAACCAGUCCUUUCCCCGUCGCUCUGGGACGGUUCAUGCUAGCCCGGCCCGUGGCUUCUGGAGGCCCUCUCAGUGUGAGGUACAGCAGCCAAGACCAUUCAGCCCAGCCUCCUUCCCUCCUCCCCCAAGCAUUCCCUUCCCGUGUGCACAGGUUAGGACGCAGAUGGCGGGUUGGAGAGCAACGUGUGUGUUUUUCUUUCUUGCCUGACCUCAGUUCAUGGAAGAAAGUUGAAGCUACAGAAUUAUUUUCAAAAAUAAAGCCUGAAUUGUCUGAAAAA